GGGCUAUCUGUACAGAGUUGCGUCAAGCUAAGCAUUUGUGAGAGUCUGGUGCUGGGGUGGCCGUGGUGGCUGGGGGCAGAGAGAAAUCAAAAAGCCUGUCGGUGUCCGGGUCCCUAACAUUAAUAGACUGGUCCCUGCUCUACCCUCCCGACCCUUUGACUAGAGAAUUCUUUGUUUUCUCCCCCACCCUCAGCUCCAUCAUUCUGCAAACUCAAAAGGUAGUUCAGUGUGGCUAAUACGUGUUAGCUGCGCGCGUGUUUAAUUUAGGAAGUUUGAUUACACUGAAAUUGCAUUAUUCCUAUCAGGUUUUCCAAAUGUCAACUAUCAAGGAACAACUUAUUGAGACUUUAGUUGCGGAAGAUAAAGAUUCCCAGCGUAAAAUCACUAUCGUUGGGGUUGGUGCUGUAGGCAUGGCUUGCGCUAUUAGUAUCUUAAUAAAGGAUUUGGCUGAUGAACUUGUCCUUGUUGAUGUUGCAUCAGAUAAACUGAGGGGAGAAAUGAUGGAUCUUCAGCACGGCAGCCUUUUCUUCAGUACUUCAAAGAUUUCCUCUGGAAAAGAUUACAGUAUGUCUGCAAACUCCAAAAUAGUUAUUAUCACAGCAGGUGUAAGGCAGAAGGAGAGAGAAAGUCGCCUUGCCCUGGUCCAGCGUAAUGUGAAUAUCAUGAAAACAAUCAUUCCUGCCAUAGUCCGUUAUAGUCCUGACUGUAAGAUGCUUGUUGUUUCAAAUCCAGUGGAUCUUUUGACAUACGUAGUGUGGAAGAUAAGUGGUUUACCUGCAACUCGUGUAAUUGGAAGUGGUUGUAAUCUAGAUUCUGCCCGUUUCCGUUACCUAAUUGGAGAAAAGUUGGGUGUUCAUCCAACAAGCUGCCAUGGUUGGAUUAUUGGAGAACAUGGUGAUUCUAGUGUGCCCAUAUGGAGUGGGGUGAAUGUUGCUGGUGUUUCUCUGAAGACUCUGGAUCCUAAAUUAGGAACCGAUUCAGAUAAGGAACAGUGGAAAAAUAUCCACAAACAAGUUGUUUCAAGUGCCUAUGAGAUUAUCAAACUGAAGGGGUAUACCUCUUGGGCUAUUGGACUAUCUGUCAUGGAUCUGACAGGAUCAAUUUUGAAAAAUCUUAGAAAAGUGCAUCCAGUGUCCACUAUGGUUAAGGGCUUAUAUGGAAUAAAAGAAGAAAUCUUUCUCAGUGUCCCUUGUGUCUUGGGUCGGAAUGGUGUCUCAGAUGUUGUGAAAGUUAACUUGAAUUCCGAGGAAGAGGCCCUUUUCAUGAAGAGUGCAAAUACACUUUGGGAUAUCCAAAAGGACCUAGUAAUUUAAAGCCUUUUAGUGUUUCACCGUUUUACAGAACAGAAGAUAGGAGACUGUGUAUUUUACAUCAUUAAAGUAUUUUUAUCUGAUCUGUAAAA